AUGUACUCGAGCUUGGCGAUACCCUCUAAUCAUUCCCCGUACGGGCACGACUCCGGGAACUAUGUCCAUGCCCCUGCCAGCUCGCCCAUGUACGUGCCCAGCACGCGCGUGCCCGCGGCCGUGUUGCAGACGCUACCCUACCUGCAGCCGUGCGAGCCCACGCAUCAGACCCACACGCUCGCCGGUCACCAUCACGCGUGGCCCCCGCAGUCAGCUGCUGACGGCUCGUCUUUCGGUGCUGGAAGCCCGCAUGCUCACGCAAACUCCACCGCUUUUUCCUAUACACACAGUCCUCCUGCGAGCGGUGCUGGGGUUGGCACCCGAGAUUCUGCAUCCUUCCAGAGUCCGCUGGCACUGAGCGGGGGUGGUCGAGGUCCUGAUCAGUACGGAGGUGCGUUUGUUCGCUCAAUGGGCGCAUCUUACUCCAGCCCGUAUACUGCAUACAUGAGUCCAGACAUGAGCGGAUCUUGGGCAACUGGGCACUUUGAUAGUGGCAUGAUCGGACUACAGGGACUCCAGGGAACUCUGACUGGAAGAAGGCUGGGUCUAGACGGGUUCGAGGAGGUGUCGAUGGAGGGCCGAGAGUGCGUGAACUGCGGUUCGAUCUCCACUCCGCUGUGGAGGCGCGAUGGUACCGGGCACUACCUGUGUAACGCCUGUGGACUUUACCACAAGAUGAACGGCAUCAACCGACCUCUCAUCAAACCUCAGAAACGACUGCAGACCACGUCCCGGCGAGCAGGCCUGUGUUGCACUAACUGUCACACCAGUACAACCACACUGUGGAGGAGGAAUGCGGAGGGGGAGCCUGUGUGCAAUGCCUGUGGCCUCUACAUGAAGCUUCACGGGGUACCCAGACCACUAGCUAUGAAGAAAGAAAGCAUACAGACAAGAAAACGCAAACCCAAAAUGCCCAAAACAAAAGGGUCCUCAGGUUCUUCUGUGUCAGGCACUACCUCUCCUACCUCCCACCCAAUUUCAGAGAGCGCUUCAACGAUUAAGAGUGAGCCAAACGUCGCAGCGUCCCCAUACGCUGGUCAAACUGUUGUCUCUGUCACACAGCCUUCAACACAGUUAAGCAGCACCAACUCAGGCCAUGUGGACAUCAAAUACGAGGACUAUGCAUUCACUCCGACAUCCAUUGCCCCACAAAAUUCCUGGUGUGCCAUGUCUCAAGCAUGAUGACCCCGGGACUACUAAAAAAAUAACUCCAGUGCAAUUUAGGAAAAGGACUUUUUCUUUUUGACAACAACUACCUAUAACAUGCAACAAAGGGACUCCAGUUGAGGGAUGCCAGUUGAUUUGAAUAUCCGAAACGAUGACGUGUUUGUACAAAGUGUAUGCAGUGCUAUUCUGUCUGUCUGAGGUCAUAGUUGUUCCCAUUUACAGUGUUUCAGUGAGACGAGCAACAAGAACGACUCAAUAAGUGUUUCUUUUUGAACCUACAACCAAAAGAACGACCAAACGAAUGCACACACUUUAAAAAAGAUUAAUGAUUAACUUGUAAGAUACAUUAUUUAUGUUGAGAUAGGAAAACCUGACACGCCCAGUGAGCCAAUCAUUUUCUUCUAUUUUUUCCCCCAAGAGGGAAAAUAUAUUUUGGUCAUAAUGACAUUUGAACACACACUUUCUCUAGAAGAGGCUUUUAAAGUUUCCUCAUUGCUUCUACUGAUCUAUAAUGCUGUUAAUGCUCCAGUUCAGCUCCAAUUUCCAAUAAUCUGAAGUGCAAUUACUUACUUUUUGGAAACUUUUAAAA